AGCGGAUAUCUGAAAUAAAUUCAGAGAGAGUUGCAGAGGACGAAGAAACCACAACAGUCUUCUCCGAUCGAAAACCAAAAAGAAAGAAAAGCAAAUGGCUUGCAGAACUGCGUUGCGCUCCGCUAUGCUAAUAGAAGCGUGGCGACCCGUUCAUCUAACUCGGAGCUCCGUUUCCGCUUCCUUCCGAACCCGAACCGGAUUCUCCUCUCCGCGGCUGACCCGAGACUUCCACUUCCCCAGACGAACUCUCCUCCAUUCCUCCCACAACGAAAACCAACCCUCUCUCUCCGAAGACGAACAAGGCCCCCCUCAGGAGGCCAUUCUCAAAGCAAUUUCAGAGGUUUCUAGAACUGAAGGAAGAGUUGGGCAGACGACGAAUGUGGUGAUUGGAGGCACGGUGGCGGAUGAUUCCACCACUGAAUGGCUCGACUUGGAUCAGAAGGUAAAUUCGUACCCAACUGUUAGAGGGUUCACGGCGAUUGGAAGCGGAGGGGAUGAUUUUGUGCAAGCUAUGGUUGUUGCUGUUGAAUCCGUGCUUCAACAAUCUGUUCCUGAGGAUCGUGUCAAGCAGAAGUUAUCUUCAGGAGGCAAAUAUGUGUCUGUAAACAUUGGUCCCGUUCAAGUCAUUUCUAGUGAACAGGUCCAAGCUGUAUACAAUGCAAUGAGAAGAGAUGACCGGAUGAAAUACUUUUUGUAGACUGAUGGGUAGUUAUGUACAGAGCACCAAUUUUCCAUGGCCUCUCUUGUCCUGCCAGUCUUCUUUGUGCUCUUUUGGAUUUUGGUGUAUGCGUGAGUUAGAGAUCCGAGUACCAGUGGUUCAAAUUCAAUCCAUCUGCUUGCUCAUGAUGUAUUUAAAUUGAAGUCUAAUGCAGAAGUAGGCAAUAUUGAAUCUGUAUUAUUAACAUCAUAGUCAUUCCUUUAAUAUAUGUUACUGUUCAAUUAAGGCACA